AUGGCUGACUCCAUAUCAAGUGAUACUAAGAGUGCUGGUGAAGCCCCGCCAAAAGCCGCUCUAUCAAGAAGGAAUAAGAAGAGGGCAAUUAAGAAGGAGGCAAAGCCGACAAAAGAAGAAAUUAAAAAGGAAAGGGUUUCGAAGAGGUUAGAUGCUAUCAAAGAACAAAUAACACGACAGCGAGAAGAGGAAGAGCGGCUCCGAAGGGAGGCCGAGGAAGAGGAGCGUCGUUUUCGGGAGGAGAAGCUUAAACUCGAGGAACAGCGACGUCUAGAGGCCGAGAGGCGUGAGCGUCGGAAACAGAAGGAAAAGGAGCGAAAGCAAAGGCUUAAGGAUGAGGGGAAGCUUUUGACAGAUAAGGAAAAGGAAAACAGGAGAAAGGUUAUGGAACUUGCUCAAGCUCGGGGUUUGGAUCUUGCUGCAACUAAAAAUGAUUUAAAAAACCGAACCUACUCCAGAAAAAAGAAGCGUCCACCAGUUCAAAUGGAGCAAUCUGCUUCGCACCGACCUGAUGUUGAAGAGGAAGUAAAAGUCGAACCUUUUGAAGAACCCAGUGAUGGUGUUCUCGAUUGGGAAGACCUUGCUGCAGAUCUUGUCGCCUCGGAAAAUGGUGCAUGUGAAAAAGCAUCCGUUUUGUCUGAAGAUGAACUUCAUGAUGUAGUUGGCGAGGUUGGGAAUUCUCCCUCCCCUCCCGUUUUGGAGCUCAAUCAAGUAACCGACCAGUCAGAAGCGUUUCAAAUAUCUGAAAGUCAGCUCACUGAAGAAGAGAAACGUAGUCUCAUAGAACAGGUGAAGAUAAGGCUUCAGCAACAAUAUGCACAAAAUGAUGAGCCUGGUUCUGAAAGAACACUCAGAUCAGGUGUUAUAUGUGUCUUGGGUCACGUCGAUACUGGCAAAACAAAGAUUCUUGAUAAAUUACGCAACACAAACGUGCAAGAUCGGGAAGCUGGGGGCAUUACGCAACAAAUAGGUGCCACAAAUGUGCCAAGAGAAAACAUUAUUCGUUCGACUCAAAUGUGUAAAUAUUUCACAGGAGAUGAUUUAAAAAUGCCCGGUUUGUUGAUAAUUGAUACUCCAGGUCACGAGUCAUUCACGAACUUACGAGUUCGUGGUUCGUCAUUGUGCGAUUUUGCAAUUCUUGUGGUCGAUAUAAUGCAUGGUAUAGAAGAGCAAACGAAAGAAUCCAUUCGGAUUCUCUUGAGCCGUAAAACACCUUUCGUUGUAGCACUUAACAAAAUUGAUCGGCUAUAUCAGUGGAGGAGUUACCCGAAUCUUCCUGUCAAGGAGGUCGUUCAACAUUUUGCGCUGAUGGAAUUAAAUGUUAAACUGUUUUACGAGAAUACAAAUCCUAGUGAAUUCAUCAGCAUGGUACCCACAUCUGCUCAUUCUGGUGAUGGAAUGGGUGAUCUUUUAGCCUUUAUGUGCAAAGAAAUACAACGUAGGUUGUAUAAACGCUUAACUUUCUCCGAGGAACUCAAAGCAUCGGUUAUGGAGUAUCCUAAAUAUGCUUUUCCUCCUAAGUAUUUUUUAACCAAUCAAUCAAACAAUUUACUGCCCAAACUUGCUGGCAUCUUGAGCUACCUUUUUAAGUGA